GUCUCCAGGGGCUGUGAGGAGCCAGGCGCAUCUCAGACCGAACUGGCGGCUCCAGGCUCCGGAGCCAUGCCGUGCACGGACCCUCAUCUUUACCAAGCUCCUGAGGAAUGAAAGGAACCCAGGGGCCCUCAGAAGGCAGCAGUGAUGCGGACCAACCCCCUAGAGCCUGCACCCUUCCGAGGGCCAUAGGCGAGCCAGGGAGCUGGAGAGAGCUCCAGACAGGAAACCCCAGCUUUCCCAAAGUCCCUGUGGAUGCCGACAGAAGGAGACCCGAAUUUUUGGAAGAGCCUGUCCUAGGUUACCCAGCUACAGAGUGAUUUUUUUUCCUCUGGCAUUGAACUUCCCCUUCAACCCCAGCCAUUCAGAAUACCAUGAAGAAUUAUGAGGAUGUGUGACAGAGGUAUCCAGAUGUUGAUCACCACUGUGGGAGCCUUCGCAGCUUUUAGCUUAAUGACCAUUGCAGUGGGCACGGACUACUGGUUAUAUUCCAGGGGCGUGUGCAGGACUAAAUCUACAAGUGAUAAUGAAACCAGCAGGAAGAAUGAAGAGGUAAUGACACACUCGGGGCUGUGGAGGACCUGCUGCCUGGAAGGCGCUUUCCGAGGAGUCUGCAAGAAAAUUGACCACUUCCCAGACGAUGCUGACUACGAACAGGACACAGCUGAGUACCUGCUGCGGGCGGUGAGGGCCUCCAGCGUCUUCCCCAUCCUCAGCGUCACGCUGCUCUUCUUCGGCGGGCUCUGCGUGGCGGCCAGCGAGUUCCACCGCAGCAGGCACAGCGUCAUCCUCAGCGCGGGCAUCUUCUUCGUCUCUGCAGGGUUAAGCAACAUCAUCGGCAUCAUAGUUUAUAUAUCGGCCAACGCUGGGGACCCCGGGCAGCGUGACUCCAAAAAGAGCUACUCGUAUGGCUGGUCCUUCUACUUCGGAGCCUUCUCCUUCAUCAUCGCCGAGAUCGUGGGCGUGGUCGCCGUGCACAUCUACAUAGAGAAGCACCAGCAGCUGCGCGCCAGGUCCCACUCGGAGCUCCUGAAGAAGUCCACUUUUGCUCGCCUGCCACCCUACAGGUACAGAUUCCGGCGGCGGUCCAGCUCCCGCUCCACGGAGCCCCGGUCCCGGGACCUGUCCCCCAUCAGCAAAGGCUUCCACGCCAUCCCCUCCACCGACAUCUCGAUGUUCACCCUCUCCCGGGACCCCUCCAAGAUCACCAUGGGGACCCUCCUCAACUCCGACCGGGACCACGCGUUCCUCCAGUUCCACAAUUCCACGCCCAAAGACUUCCAGGAGGCGCUGCACAACGACCUGGCCAGCAGGCGCACCACGCCCGUCUGA